ACACACACCCCCCCCUCCCAGUCAUUGCUGAGAAACAGACGUAAGUGGAAGAGGCAACCAAGAGCACGUAGAAGGCUUUGGACACAGUGUGACUCUAUGGCUAAGACACAGAUGUCAGGAAGCUCUGAUGCACCCCAGGGACCAGAAGGAAGCCUUCCACGGUGAAAGGUCUCGCUGGAGGCUGUGAGAUUGCUGGCUCAGUUAGAGCUGCUUUGCGCAAGCCCUGUCAACUCUGGCCCCUUUCCCAACGCCGUGGCCCGCUGUGCUCUGUGCUCUGGCUGCCACUGUUCCUGCUACUGUGGUUCCGAGAAGCUGGGAUUACUGCUGCUGCUGCUGGAGACCCGGACCCACCAGCAAAGGAAGGCAGUUUAACGACCGCCCCGUCUUCACCUUCCUGGUGUGAGCAAGAGAACCACAGAAGAAGAGGAAAGAACUGCAGCAGUGGCUUUGACAUACCCAGGAGCUGGCAAACGAUGGACAGCAGACAGAGAGCGGAGACCCUGCUGUCUCUGUCACCAGCUGAAACUGCCAACCUCAAGGAAGGAAUCAAUUUUUUCCGAAAUAAGGCUACUGGCAAAGAGUUCAUCUUGUACAAGGAGAAGGACCACCUGAAGGCAUGCAAGAACCUCUGCAAGCACCAAGGAGGCCUGUUCCUGAAAGACAUCGAGGACUUAGACGGAAGGUCCGUUAAAUGCACAAAGCACAACUGGAAGUUAGAUGUGAGCACCAUGAAGUACAUCAACCCUCCAGGGAGCUUCUGUCAGGACGAGCUGGUUGUCGAAAUGGAUGAAAACAAUGGGCUAUUGCUUAUAGAACUGAACCCUCCUAACCCUUGGGACUCUGAUCCCAGGUCUCCUGAAGAGUUGGCUUUUGGGGAAGUACAGAUAACAUAUCUCACUCACGCCUGCAUGGACCUCAAGUUGGGAGACAAGCGGAUGGUGUUUGACCCUUGGUUAAUCGGCCCUGCUUUUGCCCGAGGAUGGUGGUUACUCCACGAGCCCCCGUCUGACUGGCUGGAGAGGCUGUGCAAAGCAGAUCUCAUUUACAUCAGCCACAUGCACUCAGACCACCUGAGUUACCCCACUCUGAAGCAACUUUCCCAGAAACGACCAGACAUUCCCAUUUAUGUUGGUGACACAGAAAGGCCCGUGUUUUGGAAUCUGGACCAGAGCGGUGUCCGGUUAACUAACAUCAAUGUGGUACCGUUUGGACUGUGGCAACAGGUAGAUAAAAAUCUCCGGUUCAUGAUCCUGAUGGAUGGCGUUCAUCCUGAGAUGGACACAUGCAUUAUUGUGGAGUACAAAGGUCAUAAAAUCCUCAACACAGUGGACUGCACCAGACCCAAUGGGGGAAGGCUGCCUGAGAAAGUUGCUCUAAUGAUGAGCGAUUUUGCUGGGGGCGCAUCAGGCUUUCCAAUGACUUUCAGUGGUGGAAAAUUUACCGAGGAGUGGAAAGCCCAGUUCAUUAAGGCGGAGAGAAGAAAGCUUCUGAAUUACAAAGCUCAGCUGGUGAAGGACCUACAGCCUCGAAUCUACUGCCCCUUUGCUGGGUACUUUGUGGAAUCUCACCCAUCUGACAAGUAUAUUAAGGAAACAAACGUCAAAAAUGACCCAAAUCAACUCAACAAUCUUAUCAAGAAAAACUGUGAUGUGGUGACCUGGACCCCACGACCUGGAGCUACCCUUGACCUGGGCAGGAUGCUGAAGGACCCAACAGACAGCAAGGGCAUCGUGGAGCCUCCAGAAGGGACAAAAAUUUACAAGGAUUCCUGGGACUUUGGCCCCUACCUGAAGACCUUGCAUUCUGCUGUAGAAGACGAAAUCUUCCUUCACUCGUCCUGGAUAAAAGAGUACUUCACUUGGGCUGGAUUUAAGAGUUACAACCUGGUGGUCAGGAUGAUUGAAACAGAUGAAGACUUCAACCCUUUGCCUGGAGGGUACGACUAUCUGGUGGACUUUCUAGAUUUAUCUUUUCCAAAGGAAAGACCAAGCAGGGAGCAUCCCUAUGAAGAAAUCCGCAGCCGCGUGGAUGUCAUCAGGUACGUGGUGAGGCACGGCCUGCUGUGGGACGACCUGUACAUCGGAUUCCAGACCCGGCUGCGGCGGGACCCUGACAUAUACCACCAUCUGUUUUGGAAUCAUUUUCAGAUAAAACUGCCUCUAACACCACCCAACUGGAGGUCUUUCCUGAUGCACUGUGGUUAGACCAGACUUGGCAUGUCCCAGAUUAAUCCCACAGACAGCAUCAUGAAGACUGUUUUCAGAGAGAAUUGCUGACACCAUCGAUUUACCAGACUCAGGCCGAGGAGCUGCCCCGAAUGGUCCCACCUCACUGGAACUGAAAAGACCUUGAUUCAGUUAUGAAGUCUGUCGAUUCAUGGAGCCUGGGAAUUCUAACAGUUAGAUAGAUCUUUGAUUAAGGGAUGAUACAACAUUCGUUAAUAAUCUUACAGAGAAAGUACUUUAAAAGUCAACAGAAAAUAAGAAUCUAUGUCUUCAAAAUAACAACAGCAAAAACCCACAAAAAGAACUCCUUCUAGGCCUUUUAAAAAUACUUUUUCAAUGUUGAAAAUAGGCAACUAAAUUGCCUGUGGGUUUUUGUGUCUAUUUUUGAUUUAAAAAGUUGUGAUUAUUUCAGAUGUACUAAUUGGUUUGUAAGAAACUGUAAUUGGUAUUCAAGGUUCUUUGCAUGUGGUUUUCUAAUAUCCCUUCACACAGUGACAAUCAAGUGUUCUUUCUGACUGUCACCUACCUCUUGAAUGUGACCUCAAAAUUGUUUCUUAACUCUGAUCAACAGAAGACUGACUGUCUCCUUCUCACUAAAAUCAACAACACGGAUGAUAGAUCAUUCUUGUUUAUUUCACUCUAGGAAAAAUAGAAAUGCCUAGAAGUCAGAAAUUGGACCUUGUGAUUUAUACUGUAUAGUAAGUUAUUGUUACUACUAAAAUAAUGUAAUGUUUAUCAAAAGAGAUGUUCAAAUGUAUAUGAUGGGCAAAUAAAAGAUUAUCUUAAACAGAAA